CUUUCCCUGUUUCCUCCUUUCUCUUUUUUCCUUUUUUUCCUCCCUUCACGAUAAUUAGCUGUGCGCAGCGUCGUCCCCCGCGCCGCUCAGAGGCUGACCGACAAAACCGAGAGACGCGCCAGCGCCGCUCCGACGUCACAUCACCAGGUGGACGCUAAUCACCGCUGUAACGUGCCACGCAGUGCCCCCCCCCCUUCCUCCUGUUCCUCUGAAGCGGUCCAUGCUAACGGCGCGUUGGGGGAACACCACCAUUCCGCUCAGAGAGAGAGACAAACAUGCGAGAAGAUGUCUGUAGGAGGUUGUGCAUGCCCCGGCUGUUCCUCUAAGUCGUUCAAGCUGUACUCUCCAAAGGAGCCCCCAAACGGUAGCGCCUUUCCCCCUUUUCAUCCAGGCACCAUGUUGGACAGAGACGUGGGUCCGACUCCGAUGUACCCUCCCACGUACCUGGAGCCUGGAAUUGGGAGGCCCACGCCGUACGGUAACCAGGCGGACUACAGGAUAUUUGAGCUCAACAAGAGGCUGCAGAAUUGGACGGAGGAGUGUGAUAACCUGUGGUGGGACGCCUUCACUACAGAGUUCUUCGAGGAUGACGCCAUGCUUACCAUCACUUUCUGUCUGGAGGACGGACCCAAGCGAUACACGAUCGGGCGGACGUUGAUCCCGCGGUACUUCCGCAGCAUCUUCGAAGGGGGCGCCACUGAGCUCUACUACAUCCUGAAGCACCCGAAGGAGGCCUUCCACAGUAACUUUGUGUCACUGGACUGUGAUCAGUGCACCAUGGUCACACAGAACGGCAAGCCUAUGUUUACACAGGUUUGCGUGGAGGGCCGUCUGUACCUGGAGUUCAUGUAUGAUGACAUGAUGAGGAUAAAGACGUGGCACUUCAGCAUCCGGCAGCACAGAGAGAUGAUCCCCCGCAGCAUCCUGGCCAUGCAUGCUCAAGACCCACAGAUGCCGGAACAGCUGUCGAAAAACAUCACGAGAUGCGGACUCUCCAACUCCACGCUCAACUACCUCCGACUGUGUGUCAUCCUGGAGCCCAUGCAGGAGCUGAUGUCCAGACACAAGACCUACAGCCUGAGCCCGCGGGACUGCCUGAAGACGUGCCUGUUCCAGAAGUGGCAGAGGAUGGUGGCUCCUCCCGCCGAGCCGGCGAGACAGGCCCCCAACAAGCGCCGGAAAAGGAAGAUGUCAGGGGGCAGCAACAUGAGCGCGGGAGGGGGCACCAACACCAACAGCAACAGCAAGAAGAAGAGCCCCGCCGGCAGCUUUGCCCUCUCCAGCCAGGUACCUGACGUGAUGGUGGUGGGAGAGCCCACCCUCAUGGGCGGGGAGUUCGGGGACGAGGACGAGCGGCUGAUCACGCGUCUGGAGAACACGCAGUUCGACGCGGCCAACGGCAUCGACGACGAGGACAGUUUCAACAACUCCCCCGCGCUGGGCGCCAACAGCCCCUGGAACAGCAAGGCGCCCUCCAGCCAGGAGAGCAAGAGCGACAACCCCACGUCCCAGGCGUCCCAGUAA